AUGGAGGAAUUCUUUGUUUUGAUUCUGUCAAUGCUUCUUGUCGUCGCUUUGAUUCCGUUUUAUCUAUGGAAACGCCGUCAAGAUUCACGAUCACAAGACGAACAGCAGCAACAAGAACGACAGGUUCCGAGAGGAGAGACAGUGGUGCGUGCAACUGGUACGCGUAGAAUGCGUAGAAGACCAGCAGCUGGAGCGAGUUCAUCAAGAAACGUUGCAGCAACUGUUGAAGAUGCUGGUGAUGAAAGUGAUGGUGAAGGUGUUGAUGGUGCGUAUUCUGAGGCUAAAGCAUCGAAAAAGGAGAAGAAACGGCAGGAGAGGGAAGCGCAAAGACAGGCUGAGGAAGCAGCACGUGAAUCAAGGCUGACCAAACAAGACCGUUAUGCAGACAUGCGGAGGAAGAAGGAUGAAGAACGUGAGGCAAAAGAGCGUAUGCUUGAAGAAGAAGCCAAGGCUCGACAGGUCAAGGAGGAGGAAGCUGCUGCAUUGGAGUUUGAUAAAUGGAAAGGAGAGUUUUCAGUGGAUGCUGAAGGAUCAACAGGAAAUGAUUUGCAAGACGGAAGUCAAGAUUUGUUGUCUGAUUUUGUGGAAUAUAUAAAGAAACAUAAAUGUCUUCCUUUAGAAGAUCUUGCUGCAGAAUUUAAGCUGCGGACUCAGGAAUGUAUCAACCGGAUCACCUCUCUGGAAAGUAUGGGGCGACUUUCUGGUGUCAUGGAUGAUAGAGGAAAAUACAUAUACAUCUCGCAAGAAGAGAUGAAAGCUGUUGCUGACUAUAUUAAGCGCCACGGGAGGGUUAGCAUCUCGCAUCUGGCAAGCAAGUCCAACCAGUUCAUUGAUUUGGAGCCAAAAGCACAGUUUGUUGAGGAAAUCAGCAAUGCGGAGGAACUUGCCAUGUAUAAACGAGAAGAAAAUGAUAUGAAGCAGUCUAUGCGUAGGCAGAGAAAUGCUGUAAUUUUACAUGGAAAGAUCCCAGCCGCAACCACACUUUCUUUUUCUUCUCCACAUUUUCUUGUUGAAAAAAAAAAAAAAUCAUUCUUUCCCUGCAAGAAACUAGGAAAUGAAAGCAAAAGUAGGGAUGGAGAUUCCUUGGCAUCUGGUAAUGCUAUUUCUCGCUGCAUUACCAUCUACCCUUUUCAUGUUUGCCAUGGCCAAACCGACGACUAUACAGAUCCUGCAGCCCCACCCCCUGGCCUGGAUGAAUGCAAUGGAAUCUUUCUUACCUAUACUUUCACAUCUCGCGAAAAAGAAUAUCCAAAGGUAAAGAAUGCAUCCGCGCAGGCAUGGGCGUUCAAAUCAUUGGCAACAAUAACCAAUACAGGCAAAGAUGAACUGAAGGGGUGGCAGAUGUUUGUAGGCUUUCAACACAAGGAAAUUUUAGUGUCUGCUUCUGGGGCAAUCAUCGUGGAUGGCGAUGAUUUCCCUGCAGAAGUUGGCAAUGGGACAAUCUUUGCGGGAAAUCCACAGACUGACCUGAAGACUGCAAUUGAAACAGCAGGAGAUUUCACCCAGAUUUCCGCACAGAUUGAGAUUACAGGCUCAGUGUUUGGGAUCAAGCCACCAGGAGUUCCUAUGCCAAAGAAUAUCAAGCUUGUUAAUGAUGGCUACAAAUGCCCUAAAGCAACUUUGAAAGGUAACAAUCCUAACGUCCUGAUGGUCAUAUGUUUUUUCUUUUCCAACAUGAAGGUUGCAUAG